CUGUUAUGAAGUUCAUCUUAUUCUCGUGCCUUUUAAAUCAUUGGUGAAGAGCUACGACUGGUCAGGUGACCUUGACACCAUGGAAUUCGAUAAGUCUGCCAAAGAUUGUUAUCAAUCCCUGCAACGCUCCUUGUUGGCUGAAAUGAAGUUCAUAUUCUUGAUUGCUCUAGUUUUCAUGAUAGUUCCUCAUGCAGCUGCAUACGACCCAUUGGAUCCAAAUGGAAACAUAACAAUCAAAUGGGAUGUAAUGUCCUGGACACCAGACGGUUAUGUGGCUACAGUAACCAUGAGCAACUUCCAAAUGUACCGGCACAUUAUAAGCCCUGGCUGGACUCUAUCAUGGUCAUGGGCUAAGAAAGAAGUGCUAUGGUCAAUGGUGGGGGCUCAAACUACAGAGCAAGGAGACUGUUCUAAGUUCAAGGGAAACAUACCGCAUUGCUGUAAAAAGACCCCCACGGUUGUCGACCUGCUACCUGGAGUCCCUUACAACCAGCAAUUCUCCAAUUGUUGUAAGGGCGGUGUGAUGGCGGCAUGGGGCCAGGAUCCUACAGCUUCAGUCUCAGCCUUUCAGGUGAGCGUUGGACUUGCCGGAACGUCAAAUAAAACAGUGAAACUGCCCAAGAACUUCACUUUGCUUGGUCCAGGACCAGGGUAUACUUGUGGACCUGCAAAAAUAGUGCCAUCUACGGUCUUCCUAACACCUGACCGUAGACGAAAAACCCAGGCCCUCAUGACAUGGAAUGUCACCUGCACCUACUCACAGUUUCUAGCCUCCAAAAAUCCAACCUGCUGCGUUUCAUUCUCAUCUUUCUACAAUGAAACAAUCACUCCUUGCCCAACCUGUGCUUGCGGUUGCCAGUCCAAGAACAGCUGUGUCAAGAGUAACUCGAAGGAAUCCCACAAAAAGGGGAUAAACACGCCAAAGAAGGACAACACACCAUUGCUACAAUGCACACAUCAUAUGUGCCCUAUUCGAGUGCACUGGCAUGUGAAGGUCAAUUACAGAGACUAUUGGCGCGCAAAGGUUGCGGUAACUAAUUUCAACUACCGGAUGAACUACACAGAGUGGACUCUUGUUGUUCAGCAUCCAAAUCUCAACAAUGUCACUCAAGUCUUCAGCUUUGAUUACAAGCCUCUCGUACCUUAUGAAUCCAUAAAUGAUACUGGUAUGUUCUAUGGCAUGAAGUUCUACAAUGACCUUCUAAUGGAAGCUGGCCCUUUUGGAAAUGUCCAAUCUGAGGUGCUUCUUCAGAAGGACAAGAACACUUUUAGCCUGAAGCAGGGAUGGGCAUUUCCGAGGAAGGUCUACUUCAACGGUGAUGAAUGCAUGCUUCCCCCACCUGACACAUAUCCAUAUCUGCCUAAUUCCGCAUAUGCAAAUCCAACUUCAAUUCUGUCAAUGGCAGCUUCAUUGCUCCUGAUAUUGCUGUCUAUGGGGUGACCAGCAGAGGAAAAUUAUAACUUUCUGAUGUUCUUGCAGCAGAUCAUAUACAUGGUGGUUUUGAAAGCCAGACAACUUUUUUGUAACAGGUACAUUUAUCAUCAUUAACCCUCACCUGUGAACUAGAAGUUAUAAUCAGGUGUGGGAACAUUCAGCUGUACUAUUCUUUUGUACGAGUGAUUGAACUUGUGAUGAACAAACUAGAGCUAUAUUUCACUCAAAACAUAAAGAUUUUUGGUGUGUUCAAACCAAA